AUGCCAUACGCUCCAGGGACACCUUCACCGACGGCCAGUGGAAGUGCCCGCGCCUGUGCACGGACGGCGAGGUCCUGGUCUCCAUGUACGAGAGCUGCGCUGCUCGCGCAGGACGGGUACUGCCCCAGGGGUGAGGUGACAAUGGGCGGGCUGCGCUACAACAUCAGAAAGGACCUGUGCCCGAACAGCUGUGGGACCUGCGACCAGGCCACGAAGGGCUCGACGCGCGUGGCGGAGGGGUGCGCCGACCGCACCAUCACCAUCAACGGGCUCUCGUGCGAGCGCGCGGCUUCAAUUGGCUAUUGCGACGCGACGACCAACCUGGGCAACGUCGGCCGCGACAUCUGCAUGAAGAGCUGCGGGUAUUGCGUCCCCGAGCCUGGCAUCAAGGCGCACAACACAUCCGAGGCCUACACGAACCCGACGCCGAAGCGUUCGUUCGGCGCAAAGGAUGGGAGGGGAGGGAGAGACUUCAACUAA